AUGGAGGACCACCGAUGGAGAAACCCGAAACCUUGCGAACUUUGCACGAAUUUAAGCACAAUUUCCAAGAUACACCGACCAUUGGCUAGUUUUAUAAAAAUCAUAGAAUAUUUAUAUACCAUGGAAAAAGAAAAGAGGCAUUCCCUAUUCCGAGACGUAAGAUUCGCUAUCAAUGCGUGCAGAGUAGAUAAAAAUAAAAAAAGAGAAGUUACGUAUUAUAGAGGUAUUCUGCAGCACAAGCACUUAUUAAAUAAUGAAUUGAGGAAACUCUACCCAGCACAGCUACAGCUACUAAAGAGGGAUGAUGAGGAUGAAGAUGUUCAAGAAGAAAAUAUUAUUAUGCCAGAGCCAGAGAAGAAAACAGAGAAGAGGUGUUCCGAGAGGAAGAAGACAACAACAAGUGUCAUUUUAGAGGAAAAGCAAAGGAUGCUAGAGGAGGCUGUUAAGGGAAGGGACGGGAAGGAAUAUCUAAAUCUAAAGAUUUGCAAUUUUGAAGGAAAAGGCCGAGGCGUGAUCGCGACCAAAGACAUAAAUAAAGGCGAUUACGUAGUGGAGUACAUUGGCGAACUUAUAGAAAGCCGGGUUAAGGCCAAAGAACGCGAGGAAAAGUACGCUCAGGAGCAAAAAAUCAUCGGCUGUUACAUGUACUACUUUAAGCAUAACGAAAAACAGUACUGUAUCGAUGCUACGGCAGAAUCCGGCAAAUUUGGCCGUCUCAUUAAUCAUUCACGUCGUUCCGGCAAUCUUGUCGCAAAAACGUUAAUAAUUAAUGAUGAUGAUGAUAACAACAAAAACAAACCACGUUUAGUGUUUUUGGCCAAAGAAGACAUCAAAGAGGGCCAAGAGAUUCUUUACGAUUACGGUGACAGAUCGAAGGAGACCUUGAAACACAAUCCAUGGUUAAAAUUGACUGCCUGCGAUAUGGACAGAAAAACUCAAGAAGACGCUACGAUAAUCCGCUUUGCUUCACGUAACGAUUUCUUACACUUGUGCAGCUCACCCAUAGCGUGGGCUAUAGCAACAAAGUACGUUAAAGAAGCGGAGCCGCUCGCCAAAACUCAUCCGAAAACAAUAUUGUAUAGGCUUAAAAAACUGUGCAAGGAUAUGAAGGAAGUAAAGAAGGUCGUCGACUACAAUACUGCCCGACGUCUCGUCCUUGCAGUUUUGAAUCCGUCGCGGAGGACAAAGAAAAAGCGUACGCCCAUUAACACACUAAGAUCGGUGAGAACUCCUCGGGAACUUUUGCUACGCCGUCUCUGGUUUUACUUUGGACGAAUACAAAGCCCUUGUCGCUACAUCUUCGUCGGUAGCGGCGGCGGCGGCGGCGGCGGCGGCGGCGGCGGCGGCGGCGGCGGCGGCGGUCGCAACGCAAGUCAUACCACCACCGUAAAUCGACGAGUUUUGAUUCUUCUUCACCUCAUGGACAUGGACAACGAGACGACGACGACGAAGAAGAAAACGCGACGACGACUGGGUUUGAGCAACGACGACGACGACGACGCAGGUGAUAUCAACGACGUCCCGGAUUCUUCUUCACCUCAUGGACAUGGACAACGAGACGACGACGACGAAGAAGAAGAAAACGCGACGACGACUGGGUUUGAGUCGAAUAUCGACGACGACGACGGCGGCGGCGAUAUUUCUCUUGUUCUAAAUUUAAAUGUUUCAGGCAACGACGACGACGACGACGCAGGUGAUAUCAACGACGUCCCGGAUUCUUCUUCACCUCAUGGACAUGGACAACGAGACGACGACGACGAAGAAGAAAACGCGACGACGACUGGGUUUGAGUCGAAUAUCGACGACGACGACGGCGGCGGCGAUAUUUCUCUUGUUCUAAAUUUAAAUGUUUCAGGCAACGACGACGACGACGACGCAGGUGAUAUCAACGACGUCCCGGAUUCUUCUUCACCUCAUGGACAUGGACAACGAGACGACGACGACGAAGAAGAAAACGCGACGACGACUGGGUUUGAGUCGAAUAUCGACGACGACGACGGCGGCGGCGAUAUUUCUCUUGUUCUAAAUUUAAAUGUUUCAGGCAACGACGACGACGACGACGCAGGUGAUAUCAACGACGUCCCGGAUUUUUCUUCACCUUAUGGAUAUGGACAACGAGACGACGACGAAGAAGAAAACGCGACGACAGGGUUUGAGUCGGAUAUCGACGACGACGACGGCGGCGGUAGUUGUCUUUUUCAAAAUUUUAAUGUUUCAGGCAACGACGAAGACGAAGUCGCGACUGAGUUUGAGCCGGAUAACGACGACGACGACGACGACAACAAAGACGACGACGACAAAGUCGCAGGUUAUACCAACGACGUCCCGACGUCGUCGUCGUCGUCGUCGUCAUCGGAUGAUGGUAGUUCUCGAGAUAAUAUUUCAACGAAACGUAAAGCCUCCUCACGCGACGAUGCUCAUAGUUCUUCUGAUGAAGAUGAUGAUGAUGAUGGUCCUCCAAGGAAGCAUAGAGCUCAACAACAACAGCAGCAGCAGCAGCAGCAGCAGCAAAAUCAGAAGUGGCACGACUUUGAACUGGACGCGGUUUUUAGGCGACUGAUUUUUUUGAUGGACAAUCCUCGAGAAGACGACAUUUCAUGGAAGACUAGAAAGUUUUCUUCCAAUUUGGUGACCCAUUUGAGGGAGAUCAUUCUUCCAUGUAGGACGGGCGAAGGACUUAGAUCGAAACUUUACGCUAUUUUUACAAACACCAACAAAAAACAAAUUUUAAUUAACCGCGACUUUUUAACCAAUAGAAUCGACGAGUUAAUUAAAAUGUAUCGAUCAUAA